AUGAGUCUCAUCAUCUCGUCUCUCUCUGAAGAAACGAUUCCAAUAAUUAUUGGACUAUCCACAGCAAAGGCUGUUUGGGAUGCUCUUGCAGCUGCUUUCUCGUCUCCAUCAAACACUAGAAUCCUCAACCUUCAUAUGCAGCUUCAAAACUUAAAACAAGAUGAUUUGAGCGUCACUCAAUAUCUUCACAAAGUCAAACUCCUUAUUGAUGAAUUAGCUGCUGCUGGUCGUCCAAUUUGUCUCCCUGAUCAGAAUAUUUAUAUGUUUAAAGGUCUCCGGUGUGAGUUCAAAGACAUCAUAACCACUUUUUCGGCUCGUCAAGAACCCGUUACUUUUGGUGAAUUGCAUAGUCUUUUAUUGAGCCAUGAAUUUAUUCAUGGUCAGGCCUUAUCAUCACUCUCAAUGUCACCCUCGCCUAUGCCAGACUCGGCUGGAAAUCCCUCUGCAAAUUUCAGCCAGCGGUUCUCUCAAAACGAUCGUCAAUAUAACCAUAAUAAUCAUAGAGGACGAGGUCGUAACAAUAGGGACCGAGGCGGUAAACGUGGUGGAAGACAAGGAUAUCGAGGAGGCUCAUCUAAUGGAAAUCCAUGGCCCUCACUUGACUCUCGCUCGCGAUGUCAAAUAUGUAAUGGUGUGAACCAUCUCGUAGCAAAUUGUUUCCAGCGAUACAAUCACACAAUCAGCCCGGCCGCCUCAGCAUAUUUGUCUUAA